AUGGCCUUAACCCUAACCAAGCUCCUUCUCUUCUCAUUCCUUGUGUCUUCCACAAUACUCACUGCGAAAUCCAAACUCCUAACCUCCAAGCGCGAGAAGCUCACUCGCUUCCACGUCUACAUGCAGGAAAAAAUUUCCAGGAGCAAUGCCACUGUCGUAACCGUCGCCCAGGCUGCGACGACCAACCCAUCUGCCACGUCAUUCGGUCUAGUACAGGUUUUCGAUGAUGCGUUGACAGUGGGCCCCAAGAUGAGCUUGAAGAACUUGGGUAGGGUACAGGGCAUGAUGACGUUUGCAUCCCAAAGCGAGGUGGCCUUGUCAAUGUCCAUGAACUUCGUGUUCACAGAGGGGAGGUACAACGGGAGCGGUUUGACCAUUGUGGGGAGGAACAUGUUGUCUUUGAAGGUGAGGGAGAUGCCUAUCGUGGGCGGAACUGGUCUUUUCCGACUGGCUCGAGGUUAUGUUCAUACCAUCACUUACUCGUCGGACCCAAAUACUGGACUCCUAGUUCUUGUGUAUGAUUUCUCUGUGUACCACUAUUGA